AUGUGCUCGAUCCUGGAAAGCUUCGGCAAGCCCACGCAGUGCAUUUCAUCCGUGUUUCCUAACGAGGUCGCAAGGCCUCAGAGUGACGUCACUCGUGCUGUGAGCUCCUUGGUAACAGCACAUCUUCCUAUCAUUCGUCGCUGUCAUCGAAGGAAGGUGCAAGCUAUUCUGACAGAGGCCCGUAGGAAGAUUGCUACGUACCAAGGAGCAUUGAGGAAGUUCAGGAGACCUCCUUACGCGGUGACGUCGCAUCUGCUUCCUCGCUCCACAGCGGAGAAGCAUGCUGUGAGGAAGCUGAAAGCUGUGCAGCACAUGUGCAGCCAGAGUGCGGGAAGCGUCUCGUUCCGAAUUGGUCGUGGCGACAGCUUUGUGCGAGAGAGAACCGUGUCAUCGCUGAUCCAGAUCAGCCGCGUCGAAGAGACUCAACCUCUGCGGCGGUACACGACGAGCAUUGGACUGCGUGGCAACUACCGCGUCGAGGACGAUCCGAUUCUACGCUACACUGCCAUCACAAGGUCGAGUGGAGCUGAGGGUGGGAAUGAAAGUGGUGAGAAGUACGGACUACAGGUAGGCAGUGUGGCUGACGAAGAGGUGGCGGAGUUCGUGCUGCGACUGGUGGUUGGUCGUCUUAGCGACUCGGAACAAGUGUUCCACGCGCUGAAGAGCGAGCUCGGCUUCUCUCAGGCGUACACAGCGUACAGCGAACUGAAGAAGCUGCACGACUCGAGGCAGCGAGCAGCCGCCAGACUGGAUCGGAUGGAGAAGCUGGGUCGUGGUGGAAAGCAUGCGUGGGAUCCCGAUGUGGCAGCCAUUGUCAACUUGCUAAAGCAGUCGUCGUUAUCGAAAGCCAGCCGCGCGAAAGCCUUGAGCAGACGGUUGCAGCCGCCAAUAUGCAGUUUCGAGUCAAGCAUCGUGGACAGUCUCGUGGACGGCGCGACGGCAGGCAUCGCAGCGUUAGGCCUGCGUGCGACAGAUUCAUACCACGACUUGGUGGACGUGUACCAUGGCUCGCUCUGUCGGAUGUGCUACAGAUACGCCUGCCACGAGCAUGGAGGCGAUCACCCGCUACCGACCAGGCGAGUGGAUCCCGUCUACCCUCAAAUUCGAACUACAUUAUCAGCAGCAGAGCUUGGUGUGCUUCGAAAGCUCCGAGAGACUAUGGGCGACAACUCGUCGGGCCGGCGUGCCCGCAACUGGAAGCAGGGGCGCAGGGCGGGCGGAAGUAAUCACGAGCUGCUACAGCGAACACGCAUCCAACGUCUGCAGGAUCGGGGCACGGAGAAUCAUGAAUACCAGCCGUGCACACACGAGGGCAUGUGCGAUACGUCGGGGUGCUCUUGUAUGAAGCGAGACCACAUGUGCGAGAAAGCGUGUGCCUGCUCUCGCGACUGUCCAAAUAGGUUUGAAGGUUGUUCAUGCUCGGCAGGCGAAUGUCGUACCAACCGAUGUCCGUGCUAUGCGGCGCUGCGCGAAUGUGAUCCAGACGUAUGUGUAUCGUGUGGGAAAUCGGUUUGUGGCAAUGUAAAUGUGAUCCGUAGCAACCACAAAAGGUUGGGCAUGGGUUUCUCCUCGAUCCAUGGGUACGGAAUGUUUGCACGCGAGGCUUUCUUGGCGACCGAAUUUGUGUACGAGUACACUGGCGCCAUGCUUUCCCAGGACGAGGCGGAGCGCCGCGGUCUGUUUUACGACAAGAUGGAGAUGAGCUACUUGUUUGAUUUGAACGAAGAUGCGGUGUUGGACGCGCUUCGCAGCGGCAACAAGAGCAAGUUCAUUAACCAUCAGAGUGAGUCGCCCAACUGCACGGCAAAGGUGAUGAGUGUUUGUGGUGUGCACCACAUCACAAUCUGGGCUCUGCGUGACAUUGGUGUUGGCGAGGAGCUGGUUUUCGACUACGGCUACAAGCGAAGUGUCGGUCCAGAUUGGAGUCAUCGUCGGGCGGCAUCGAAGGAUUCCAGCUAA